CUGUGUGCGAAUAUCUGCGAUACACUGCCGGUGCUCUUCUCUUAUAAAUGUCAUAUCUAUCUUCACCCUCAUGGACUGGAAAUUAUAAACUUUUCUUGACCAGCUGAACAGGCAGGAGUAUGGGCAAAUUCCAGUCCAAACUUGCUUCGAGGCGUAGACAGAGUCCUGAAGGUGGUAGUUUGGCUUCCAAUGUGCUGACCUGUCAGAGAGAGCUGGAGAGCAUCCACAAAACCAAACUGACAGAGAACUUGUACGUAGAAUUGAGGACGAACAAGUCUAACCGUAACUGCAACCUCCAUGUGCCUCUUCCACAAAAGAAGACACCUGAUGGAGGUAACAGCGUCCACUUCCAGGUCCAUAAACAGACAAAGACGAACAGCCGUGCUGGUGUCACAGAGUGUAACGCGCUGCCUGACGAGGACACGCAGCAGGAGUGGGUCUUCACACUGUACAACUUUGACAACAGUGGCAAAGUCACCAAAGACGACAUGUCCAGUCUGAUACACUCCAUGUAUGAGGUCCUUGAGGGGUCAAUAAAGCAGCCGUACGGUGACACCACACCCCUGAAGAUAAAACUAGUUGUAACUCCGUCAGCUGACCCAGAGAAGCUCUCAGAAAUAGCGGCAGAGAAGGAGCAGAGUGUGUCUCAGGAGGGAGGAACCUCAGUAAGACGACUUUAUUGCGUGGAUGAAAACAUAGAGCGCAGAAACCACUACCUGGAUCUAGCUGGCAUUGAAAACUAUACCUCCAAGUUUGACAAUACAGAAUCUCCCUCUCAGGAGCCCAGUCAGGGUGGUCACUCUGCUCUUAAGCACCACCCUGUGGUGAUCAGAGAGAACUGCGUGUCCCCUGACUCUCCCAGAGGCCUCUCGAUCCCCCAUUCCCUGAAAAGCAAGGCCAUGUCAGUGGGGAGAGACAGGAAUGGAGUAGAGGGAAAGUCCUGCAGGUUACAUGGUCACCAUCCUGCUUCAUGGUGCAAUCCUUCGCAGUCUCAGCCUGCUGCACACGGCGUCCCCCUGCAACGUGCUCACAGCAAGAGGCUCCGCUCCAGGGUACAAGCUGCUGCCUCGCCACUGAGACCCACACCAGGGGGAGAUAGGGACAUAUAUUCCAACCUUCAGCCAUCCUGUAGGGCCCUGGCCUCUCCAGCCCGGAGACAUGAGCACCAUCACCACCAUGAGCACCAUCAUCAUCAUCACCAUCACUACCACCCUUCGUAAAAGCAUUUUAAGCACAUAUAAGACAGCUCUUGUGAGGAGUGUGUAAGGCCUCACAAUGGGGUGUCGUGAAUAGUGACAAGUUUCCGCAUGGCAUUCAGAUGUUGUUCUUACUUAUCUCUCUGGCGAAAGUUGCAAAUAGACACUGUGCCCG